UUGAAUAUCAUAUCACUGUCCUAACAUUUCAACAAAAAAUUAGUAACUUCCAACAUCAUAACACACAUACAUACACUCAUUUCUUCGACAAAUGGAGGUCCCCAGUGUAUACAUCUCCCUCAUAAUAAUCCUGUUAUUUUCCUAUCUCCUCGCCACCCAUUUUGGUCGUAAAGCAACCAACCUUCCACCAACUAUCUUCCCAUCCCUUCCCAUAAUUGGCCACCUUUACCUUUUCAAGCGACCGAUAUAUCGAACCCUAGCCAAGCUCGCUUCCAAAUAUGGUCCUAUUCUUCUUCUCCAAUUCGGCUCUCGUCGUGUUGUAGUAGUCUCAUCCCCAUCCGCGGUGGAAGAAUGUUUCACAAAAAAUGACAUCAUCUUUGCAAACCGUCCCAAAAUGCUCUUUGGAAAGAUCAUAGGCGUAAACUACACUAGUGUUGCAUGGGCAUCUUAUGGAGAUAAUUGGCGCAACCUUCGACGUAUAGCUUCGAUUGAAAUACUAUCACUCCAUCGUCUUAACGAGUUUCAUGACAUCCGUGUUGAAGAAGCCAAACUCCUAAACCGUAAAUUGCUACUUAACUCAUCGUCACAAGUGGCGGUAAAGUUGGCUUUCUAUGAACUUACAUUGAACAUCAUGAUGAUAAUGAUAUCUGGGAAGAGGUAUUUUGGUGGUGAGAACCCGGAAUUGGUGGAAGAAGGGAACCAAUUUUUGGAAAUGCUAGCUGAAACGUUUGUGCUAGCUGCGGCGACGAAUAUUGGUGAUUACUUGCCGUUUUUGAGUUGGUUUGGAGUCAAGGGUUUAGAGAAAAGGUUGAUCAAGUUACAAGAAAAAAGAGAUGUUUUCUUUCAAGGGUUGAUUGAGCAACUUAGGAAUAGUAAAGGGACUGAAAGUGGAAAUAAGAGGAAGACGAUGAUUGAAGUAUUAUUAGCCUUGCAAGAAUCCGAACCUGAAUAUUAUACUGAUGCUAUGAUUCGAAGCUUUGUGCUGGCUUUACUAGCAGCUGGAAGUGAUACAUCAGCCACAACUAUGGAAUGGGUUAUGUCACUUUUGCUAAACCACCCACAAGUUCUAAAAAAGGCACAGGACGAAAUCGAUAGAGUCGUUGGCAACAAUCGUCUUGUUGAUGAAACAGACAUGGCUAAUUUACCUUACCUUCGUUGUAUCAUAAAUGAGACACUACGAUUAAAUCCGGCGGGCCCGUUACUAGUUCCACACGAGGCGUCAAAGGAUUGUGUUGUUGGUGGCUAUAACAUCCCAAGCGGGACGAUGCUACUUGUCAAUCUAUGGGCCAUACAUCAUGAUCCGAUGGUUUGGACCGACCCUGAAAUCUUUAAACCGGAAAGGUUUGAAGGGCUGGAUGGGACCCGAGAUGGAUUUAAGCUAAUGCCAUUUGGGUCAGGACGGAGGAGUUGUCCUGGAGAAGGGUUGGCGGUCCGUGUGGUUGGGAUGACUUUAGGUUCACUUAUCCAAUGUUUUAAUUGGGAACGGAUGAGUCAAGAAUUGGUCGAUAUGACUGAAGGUACGGCGGUCACUAUGCCUAAGGCUAUACCGUUGAUCGCCAAGUAUAAACCGAGGCCAGAGAUGAUGAAUCUGUUGUCCCAACUUUAAGUUAAAUGGAGGACACUCAUCUUUUUGUUCCAAAACAAAAUUGGUGAUGAUUCAUGUUUCACUGUUUCCAGCCUUUGUGGUGUUUUAUUGGAUUACAAAUACAAAUAUAUGUAUGAUUUUAUA